CACUGAUCAGCGUGCUGGUGACGUAUCCGCGCUGGACGUGCUGACGCUCGUCGGGAGAGCGGUGUGCGCAUGCGCGGCGCUGACAGCCGCACUCUACCUGAUCCGCGGAGUGUGUUUAAUAAUGGCCUGGAAAUCCGGAGGAGCGAGCCACGCGGAGCUCGUCAACAACCUCCGCAAAAAUGGGAUCAUUAAAUCAGACCGCGUGUAUGAAGUUAUGUUGGCCACAGACCGUGCCCACUUUUCCAGAUGUAACCCAUACAUGGACUCGCCACAAUCUAUAGGUUACCAAGCAACAAUCAGUGCACCACAUAUGCACGCGUAUGCUCUAGAGCUCCUCCAUGAUCACCUGUAUGAAGGAGCGAAGGCUCUGGAUGUGGGGUCAGGCUCCGGAAUCCUGUCCGUCUGCUUUGCCAGAAUGGUUGGGCCGAAGGGGAAGGUGAUUGGCAUUGAUCAUAUAAAGGAGCUUGUGGAGGAUUCUAUAACUAAUGUAAAGAAAGACGAUCCUAGUUUGAUCUCUUCAGGGAGAAUCAAACUCAAUGUUGGAGAUGGAAGAAUGGGCUAUGAGGACGAAGCACCUUUUGACGCCAUACAUGUCGGAGCCGCAGCUCCCACAGUGCCACAAGCAUUGCUGGACCAGCUAAAGCCAGGUGGGCGUCUGAUUCUGCCGGUCGGGCCAGCAGGAGGGAACCAGAUGCUGGAGCAGUAUGACAAAUUGGAGGAUGGCAGUACCAAAAUGAAGCCACUGAUGGGCGUGAUUUACGUGCCUUUAACAGACAAAGACAAGCAGUGGUCAAGGUGGAAGUGACUUCCUGUCCUCUGUCCCCUCUCUCUCUCCUAGGGCACAGGGAUGAACUUUGAAAGGAUGAUCCGGCAAUACUCAUCGCACCAUAUGCGCGCGCACACACACACACACACAUCCAAAUGGACUUCACUGAGGAGAGCUUGUAUAAAUGCUCUAUUUCCAUACCUGUGACAGUCUGACGGUCGUGAAAGAUGGAUGUAUUGAUCAGAUUCUUUUAUUUAAAAAG